GUAGGUAAUAAUUGGAGGCAUUUUGCGCAAGUUGGACGCAUCGAAUGCGUCAGUGCGCGCGCGUAUAAAUACGACAUACGACGCAUUCCUCGCUCCUAGCCGUAAUUGCGCGUAUCGCACAAACACGCGGGUGCAGCCACAUUGCUCCUGCCACGAACAAGAGAGAGAGAGAGCACGGGAACGAGAACGAGAGGAAAGAAAUCCACAAAAAGCAUCUCCAUCAGACAAGAAAAAAACGACCCUCCCUCCGCCUCCCUCGCGAGCGGAUCGUCAUCCUCCUGAUCGAGCACGCCAGGCGGAAAAGAUUGCGUACAUCUCGCGCGAGGACAUGCCGGACAGCGGGGCCGUCUACCAGCCGACGACGGUCGGCUACACGUAUGACAGCGGCGGUGACGGGACAGGCGGCGGCGGCGGGGGCGGCCUCAGGCACGGCUUCUGGCGCAUUAUGUCCAGGCACAAGCUCAGCUCGAGGAAGUGGCUCGAGUGGGUCCUGCUCUCGGUCGCCCUCUGCUUCUUCGUCGCCGGCCUCACGACGAUGCUCGUCAGCCUCGUCUGCGCGGACUCGUCCUCGCAAUCCAGGAACCAGGAGGUAAAGUCUGGGGAUCAUACAACGAUGGCCACAAAUGUGGCGCAACAGAUGGAGGACGCGGGGAGCGGUUCCGUGGCCCUGGGCGCGGGAAUGAUGCUGGUAGGGGUGUUGCUCGGCUUGAUCUGGGCCUGGCUCGCCUUCUUCCGUCGCAGCAAGUCGCCGAGGAACGGCAUGGCUGGCGGCAGCGGUCAGAUGUUGGGCGGUUUGAAUCCAUCGACUGACUUGCUGGUGGGUUCCACUUCGCAGUACGGGCCGGUACUCACUGAGGUGCCGAGUCAGCUGAAGAUGAAGCAAGACCUACCGGCCGUGCCGCUCUCCGAUCAAGAGGAGGAGACCCACACGCUAAUGCAAGACUCGGCGAGCCCGCCGUCCGUCUCCGUUGGAUCCAGCGCCAUCGCUAAUCAGAUUCAAGGUUGAGCGAAGCGACCCGGGGUCGUUCAGCAACGCGCUCUCGCAUCGAUUGUAUAAAUCUAUAACGCGUUCCCCGAAUGAGUUUACUGUAACUUAGCGACUUUGCAAAUUGCCUCGUUUCGUUUAAGAUCGGCUGUCGACUUCCUCGAGUCGCGGCAUGUGAUGCUGCCGACACCGAUCUUGUGAUUUCAUGGUUUUUACGCUGAGGAAAUUUUCAGAGGACUCCCCCAGGUAGAACAUGAAACUCAUAAUGACAUGACGUCACCUAAAAGUUAUCUAAAAGUUACCUAAAAGU